GUGCACCUCCAUCCACACAGAACACUAUUUUAUCCAGCAGACUCCAGCUUGUCUCAUAUUUGCAAACAUGAAUGCACUCCGGGUUCUUGGUCUGUUGCUGGUAUGUCAACUUGCCCUCGCCAUAGAGUCGGCACCGUACACCGUCGUCAACUCAGCUGAUACGUACGAGGAGCGUGUGUAUCCGGCGCAAAAAUGGAUCACCACAUCCAUUCUCUCCAUCUCCCACGACGAGGCCACCAGCAUCACCUUCUACAGGCUCUUCGACUACAUUGACGGCCAGAACGAAGAUGGCAUGAAGAUCGACAUGACAGCUCCCGUGACGACGCUGGUCAUCCCCGGAGAAGGACCCAACUGUGAGAACAACUUUACCGAAAGCUUCUACAUCCCUUCCGCCCACCAGGCCAACCCACCCAAACCCACCAACCCUGACGUGUACAUCGAAGAGCGACCAGAAUUGCAUGUCUUCUCCAGGAGGUUCCACGGGUUCGCCAGCGACCAGGACUGGAUCACCAACGCCGCGCAGCUUCACGACGACCUGGUGGCAGCCGGCGAGGAAGGCGUCGACUUCCAGACCUACUACACUGUUGGCUACGACUCUCCCUUCGUCAUCAUCGACCGCGACAAUGAAGUUUGGUUCAUGAAGAAAUGAGGGGACAAUUCACAAGGGACGCAAUGAUAUUAUCAUGCUUUGCGUGUGUUCGUAUUUAUAACGGGGUUUUGUAAUAAAUGUACUAUUAUUAGA